UCAGUGGGGCAAGGAGGAGCCAGAGGUACAACAACCCACUGAAAAAGCAGACCCUCCUAGAGGGAUCAGGAGGAAGAAGGCGAGCCUGCGGGGAAUAGCCAAGCCAAGGCAGCCCAUGCCCAUCCCACUCACACAGGUUUCUCCUCCUCCUCCCUCCCCGUUUCCACCUUUUCCGGAACGCCGCUACACCGGCGCGACUGGAGCGACGCCGUUUCCGGGGCGGCCAUCUUGGAGGCCCUCGCAUCCUAUCGGGCUGCGCCGGAUUGGAGAGGCGGGCUUCACGCCGGAUCCGCCUGUGCUGACUCCGAAGCGGGGAGGGGGCAGCAGCAGCAGCAGCCUUUGGGGCGCUCAGCUGGAGUCGCUGUCGCCGCCAUCCGCGCAUCUCGGCGCCGCGCCCCGCCAUGUCGGAUUUCGACAGCAACCCUUUUGCAGACCCGGACCUCAACAACCCUUUCAAGGAUCCUUCAGUUACACAAGUGACAAGAAAUGUUCCUCCAGGAUUAGAUGAAUAUAACCCUUUUUCAGAUUCCAGAACACCGCCACCAGGAAAUGUCAAAAUUCCCAAUGUUCCCAAUACACAGCCAGCUAUAAUGAAACCCACCGAAGAACCGCCUGCUUAUACGCAAAUCACAAAGGAACAUGCCUUGGCCCAGGCUGAACUGCUUAAGCGUCAGGAAGAAUUAGAAAGGAAAGCAGCUGAACUAGAUCGCAGGGAAAGAGAGAUGCAAAGUCUCAAUCAGCAGGGAGGAAGAAAGAACAAUUGGCCUCCACUGCCUGGAAAUUUCCCAGUGGGCCCCUGUUUUUACCAGGAUUUCUCUGUAGACAUCCCCGUAGAGUUUCAGAAGACAGUAAAGAUUAUGUACUACUUGUGGAUGUUUCAUGCAGUGACACUAUUUCUUAACAUCUUUGGAUGCCUGGCCUGGUUUUGCCUUGAACCUUCACGAGGAGUUGACUUCGGACUGAGUAUUCUUUGGUUCUUGCUUUUUACUCCUUGUUCAUUUGUCUGCUGGUACAGACCACUUUAUGGAGCCUUCAGGAGUGACAGUUCUUUCAGAUUUUUUGUUUUCUUCUUUGUGUACAUUUGUCAGUUUGCUGUUCACGUACUUCAGGCUGCAGGAUUUCAAGGAUGGGGCAACUGUGGAUGGAUUUCAUCUCUUACUGGUCUUAACAGCAGUAUUCCAGUAGGCAUUAUGAUGAUAAUUAUAGCAGCGCUUUUCACAGCAUCAGCAGUCAUCUCAUUAGUUAUGUUCAAAAAGGUGCAUGGCCUAUACCGCACCACUGGAGCAAGCUUUGAGAAGGCCCAGCAAGAGUUUGCAACGGGUGUCAUGUCCAACAAAACUGUACAAACUGCUGCAGCCAACGCUGCAUCAACAGCAGCAACUAGUGCUGCUCAAAAUGCUUUCAAGGGUAACCAAAUAUAGAGAUGGGGCAAGUGAGGGAGAUGAAAAGCACUACAAUUUUUUGGCGGUAUUUUAUUUUCCAGUCACUUAUAUUCCCUAAAGACUUGUGUUCAAAAUGCACACAGCAUGUAUGUCUCUUCUUCAGCUGUGCAUGGGCUAAAGCAGGGGAAAGUCCUUGUUUCAUUCCUUUAUUUAUUAACACCUAUUUAUUCUCAAGUACUUCCUGGCUACUCUAACUUAAAAUUCUACUAAGCCUAUUUUUCUCCAUAUUUUUGGAGUCGCACUACAUUUGAAAAUGUCAACAAUGAAUCUGAAAUUGAUAUGGCAGCCUCUGGGGUUAACUAAACGAAUUCGAGGCAUUUUCUUGUCAGUAGUUAUCUCCAGAACCUUUCGUUUUGACUUGAGAUGAGCACUUUGGAGCAACUACUUUUGUCCCCAACCACUUGCUUUCCCAUGUACUUACACAAGAAAUGGCACAGCCGACACUUUUGAACGUGAAAUUUAGCUGCUGCUUUACAGCUCCAGCAACUGAUGGACAGUUGUAAGCUUAAAAUAAGUAUGAUAGAUAAUGUAAAUUCUUUUUUUAGGAAUAAUAGAUCUUUUGAUAAAAAUCUGAGUUUGCAUGAAACCUUUAUUUGCCCAUGUUAAACUAGUGUUUUGGUCCAGAAUUUGUCUCUACCACUAUGGUAUAAGUAUUUGUUGGGAUCUGUUUUCAUGGUGUAUGGUCUUCUAACUUUGAAAUCUUGGUGCACAGAUAAUUCUCACUGAAAGAAUACAUAACUGCCUAGAGCCUUUGGAGUCAGGCAGUAUAUAAAUAAAAUAUAAAUAAAUAAAUAAUACAUAAUGCAACAUGCAGUGAAGAGAAGUUAACUAAGUUUAAUCGGAGCUGAGUGGUUAUAUGCUGUUUUUCAUUUCAAUAUUCAUAUCUUGGGAAAACCAUUUUGCUAAAGAAAAUCUGUUAACCCUCUUUAGAACACUCCCAUAGCUAGUCCUUUUUGACCUGUGUUAAAUGCAGUGAAAUUUUUGUUGUGCUUAAGGAUUCUGAUUUUUAAGUGUGCACUUGUGUUUAACAGUGGUACUAAAUCUUUAGCCUUGUCAAUUGCUUUGUUUACUGCUUCUACAAAUCUGAAUAUACCUUACCUUAUUUAAAUUUUUAACUGAAGCAGUCUCUAAUCAGGCUUCUUAAAAACUGGCACUUAAUUAUGUACUUGAAUUCUUUUUAACAUACCUCGGCCUUCAUGUGUGAUUUAAUCUGAAUAAAUGCAUUGCAAAUUGAAGAUGAGUUUAGCAUAAUACUGAUCAACUGCCUAUAUGUGUGAACCAGUAGUUCUUGAUUUUAAUUCAUCUUCAUAAUAUUCUGAGUCUUAAUCACCUCUUGUUCUAUAAGUUGUGUGUUUUUUCCAUGUUGACAUUCUAAAGCAGAUGAAUUACUGAAUGGUAAUCUGGGACAUAGCUUGGAUUAACUUUUCAAAUAGUAUUUCACUUUCUAUCAUUUAAGGGCUCUUAAUCCUUUUGUAUUGCAUAAGGUGUUGCAAGAUGGGUCCUAAUGUUAGUACAUUCUGACCUAAUACUUACUUGGAAAUAUUAUAAUUCAGCAUGGUCUAAUAUCUAAAUGUGGGAUUUGCUUUCAUAUCUUAAAUUACAAAUGUUACAUUGUAGGGAUAAAUUAUUUGGGUAAAUUUGACAAUUCAUCACAAUAGUAAAUAUUUUAUAGAAGUGACAUGGGAAUUUUGUAAACACUUGCUACUUUAAGUGAAGACUGAAGACAAGUAAAAUCAUAUAUGCGGUGAGGGCUUCAAUAUACGACUUGAUUUGGUAAAAUACAUUUGUUCUUUUAAAAAAUAAUCCUUAGCCCUAUAUCAAUAUCUCUAGAGCAUUUUUUGUUGUUGUUAGCUAAUCUGGGUUCUUAUCCUUUAAGUUUCGUCUGUUUGUGGGGAGCUGUGUUUGCAUUUUAAAGAAGAUGACAGGGGUUUUUUUCCCUCGGGAUAAACCAAACUGAAACUUGAAGCAGACAAAUGCAGGCUCAAUUUCACAAUAGUCCUGAAGCCAUUUUUGUCCCAGAAAACAAGAGGUGUAAUGUGUGUUGACUUUUGUGUCUGUACAGUCUCACAAAUCUGCAUUUAUAAAAUUGAACAUAGAUAUAGUGGAGAUAAGUUCAGGAUUGAAUUGAAAGUUGCUGAGUGAAUCUCAGCAUAGUUCCCAACGUCUUGAGUAUUAUGUUGUCUGAAGGCUGAUGUAUGUAAAAAAAUUAGCAGUAUGUCAAUUUACAAGUAUAUGCCCACUGAAGUAAUUUUGUAACAUCUAGUUGUGGCAAAUUUAGUUAAACAUAUAAAGUUUCAACACUGGAAUGUCAAUAGUCUGUGAUCUAUAAUUUAGACAUUGGAUUUAUUUAUCUGAGGGAUGUCUGUAUAUUUUGUAAAUUACUAUCAAUGCUUUGCCAUCUUGGUGAAUGUCCUGGUUCUGUAUAAAUACACACAGAUCCUCUGAUGUUGCAUGUCUCAGUAGUUCAGAGUUCUGCAUAUUUAUUGUAUUAACUCCGUGACAUAGAAUAAAAAUGUUUCCCGAUUGUUUGCCCUGUAUAGUUUUAGAAACAAGGUAGAGAUUUUUUGUAAAAGGAAAGACAAAAUGCAAGACACUUGAUAUGUACAGAAAAUAUUACAUUUCCCCGAUCCAACUCUAGUCAUGUUUAGCUGUGCAGUGGCAGAAAGUGGACAGGGAUGCAUAUCCAGACAGAAGCAGUGCAGAACAGAGGGACUAGAUCCACAUUCAGAUGCGCAUCCAAAUGCAAAUACUGUUUCUGCACUGCAGUGUAUCCAUAUUGAUGCACAACUAAAUGCAUAUUCCCAUCCACAUUCUUGCAUUCCUGGUCGCAUGAAACUAUACACAUCUAGAGCUGGAUCAGGGAGUGGGGUUUGGGGUUUUUUUUUGGUAAUCUGUAUAUAAAUCCUGUAAUCUGCUGCAGUGGGAAGAGUAUGUCAAUCACCGCCACUGCCACAACAUUGAUACAAUUAGAACUGAAAUUGGUUUUAAGGGAGUACCCAGUAAUCAAUGCAGUGUUUGGUUUUGUGAUGUAAAUUGGAAUCUUUAAAAGAGAAUAUGACUUAUUAGUACUGAUAAAAUCUACAAGUAUUAAAGUUGUCUAGGAAUUUGUUGGAAGUAAAAUGAAACGUCUGAAACCAAA